AUCUCACACUCAGCCGCAAAUCAGGAGGGCAAAAGGAAAACAAUCUCAUUUUCCCGUACACCGCCCCCGCUGCCCUCCGAGCCGCCGACUUCAGAGAGUAAUUCUUCGUGCAUUUCGUUCUUUUUGCUCUCUGCCUUUGAAUCCAAUUGCUUCCACCAAACCAAUAGCUUAGUCUGUGAACCAUAGCAAAAUAGACCUGCCGGAUCCACAGUCUCCGGGAAGCAUCCGGGGCUAACUAGUUGUGUAGUCUUUCAGGGGGUUUGAGAUUUUCUUCUCCCACAGCUCGUAUUUGUCAAAGACACUCAGACUCAGGACCUUCUCGAAGCUUUUUCUUCCAAAAGCAGCGUUCAUCUCCGGCAGAAGCCAUCCUCUGCAGGCGUCUUCUCAUCACGGUGGAGAAUCAAGCGGCAUCUUUUUUUCUGUCCUUCUCACGCUGGAUUCCCCCGCUCCGUGGUUAAGAAGCAACUCCACGUCUUCCUCUCCACCUUACUUCUCGCGUACGAAUCUGGCUAACAACAGCUCCGGUUCUCUAAGGCGACAUCCGCAGGUGGAUUCAAAAUUAAUUGAACCAAGGAUUUAAGAGGAAAAAAGAUGUUCUCUUUUUAGAUUGACUGUUCAAAGGAGAACAGAGUAUUCCAAGAAUUUGAAGAUGAAUCUAGUCUUAAGAUUGAGGCAAUAUUUGCCAAAUGUUUUAUGCAAAAACCAGUUUCAACCGUCAAUGUUACUUGUGAACCCAUUCAAUGGGGUGACACGCAGUUUUAGUCAACCUGCAAAGAUAGAAGAAGAGGAGGAAGUGGAAUUUGACCAGAGGAGGCUUCCUGCUGAUUAUGAUCCUACAACUUUUGAUCCAACAGAGCAUCGUAGUCCUCCUACAGAGCGUGUUUUCAGGCUUGUAGAUGAAAUAACAGCCCUCACAUUGGCUGAAAUGGCAGAAUUGGGGGCCAUUAUAAUGAAGAAACGAGGAAUGACUGAGCCUCCUGUUGUUGGAGUUAUGAAGCCUGGAGCUGCUGCUGGAUUGGCAGGAAUGGCAGCAAAGGCAGGGGGAGCUGCAGCUGCAAAGGAGGAGAAGAAACCGGAGAAGACUGUUUUUGAGUUGAAGUUGGAGUCAUAUGAGGCAUCUUCAAAGAUUAAGAUCAUCAAGGAGGUUAGAAGUUUCACAGAUUUGGGUCUUAAGGAAGCAAAGGAUUUGGUGGAAAAGACAGCAGCUGUAUUGAAGAAGGGAGUGUCAAAGGAAGAGGGCGAGCGGAUUAUCGAGAAAAUGAAGGCACUUGGGGCCAAGGUCAUUUUGGAAUGAGGAAAGGAGACUGAUGGUAAUUUAUUUUUGUUUUGGAGUCUUUUGAACAAAAAAUCUUUACCAUCUAGGUUGACAUUGAGGAUUUCCUCUUAUCAUUGGUUACCAUCUUACUGGCUUUUGAUCUCUGGCCUUGUGAGACUGAAUUAUUACACGACAGUUGGCCACAUGGUUUGUUGAUUGAAUUGGAGGGAUGAAAAGAGUCCGUGGCACUAUUGUUCUUUAUUGUCAGGUUCAUGUAGUUUAAAUAAUUUAUCAAAAAAUAACAUGAGCGCCCUUUUCCUCUCUGAUAAGCGUCACAAGUUGACGCAGUUUUUGGCAUGGCGUCUCGGUUGGGGAUUGUAGUUCUCCAUGAUUAUUGUUCAUCUCGUUUGUAUCUUUUUCUUAGGCGUUUCACAUUUAAACUGGCAAUGAUUUUACACAACAUUUUGUUUUA